GCUCGUCUCAGUGUGCAGGCGGCCACCCCUCGACUCACAUGCAUGAUACUCUUCUUUCUUUUCACUUUUACCGGCAGCAAAUAAUUGAUAGGCUUUUUUUUUUUUUUUUAAAUACAUUUUUUUCCACAUCUGUGUUGGAUUUGACCUAUUUGCUUAUUUUAUUUGCUGUGGAUUGAAAAGUGAAUGUGGCGAGCACAAGCUGUGUCAGGUCGUCGACCAGCCGGAGCAUCAGUGACUGCAAACACGCACACACAAACGCGCACGCUAAUCUCUGAAAGAUUGAUGAGGCCCACUCAGGCCCUACGAGGCCCGUUCCAGCGUCGAUAAGACGGCUUCCAUUUCACCGCCAUUCAAGCCUCCGUCUCUCCAAUCAGACGCGGCGGCUUGACAAGGGGCGUGGCCGAGGCGGCGGAUGAUGAUAAAUUUAGGGCCCUUGGACGGGAAUCGGUUGUCAUGACGGAUCACGGGAAGGACGCCUCGGCCCGAGCCGGUUGGGAGGAAGAGGAGGAGGACACCGUGUUGUUGUUAAAAUGGCGGACGAGCAGGAAGCCGCAAAGCUGAGAGUGACUUGGCACAUAUAAAUCACGCACACACACAUACACACAUUGAGGACAAUGUGCAACAUCUCCUUCUGUAAUGUGGACAGCAAGGUGGAUCAGUACUUCCAGCCCACGCUCUACAUCAUCGUCAUGGUGCUGGGCCUGCCCACCAACUGCUUGGCCUUGUGGGCCGCCUACAUGCAGGUGCGGCAACACAACGAGCUGGGCGUGUACCUGAUUAAUCUGUCCGUGGCGGACCUGCUGUACAUCGGGACGCUGCCGCUGUGGAUCGACUACUUCCUGCAGCGCGACGAUUGGAUCCACGGCCCGGAGAGCUGCAAACUUUUUGGCUUUAUCUUCUACACCAACAUCUACGUCAGCAUCGCUUUCCUCUGCUGCAUCUCGCUGGACCGCUACCUGGCGGUGGCUUACCCACUACGGUUUGUCAAGGUGCGAAGUGUCAAGACAGCAAUCCUGGUCAGCGCCACAGUGUGGCUCAUGGAAAUCGUAGCCAACUCGGCGCCUCUCUUCCACGACGAGCUCUUCCAGGGCCGCUUCAACCACACCUUCUGCUUCGAAAAGUACCCCAUGCAGGACUGGGUGGCAGGCAUGAACCUGUACCGGAUCUUCUUGGGCUUCCUGGCUCCGUGGGCCGCCAUGCUGGUGGCCUACCGUGGCAUCCUGGCCGCCGUGCGUUGCAACGUCUCCACCGAACAGCAGGAGAAAGCCAAGAUCCAGCGGCUGGCGCUGAGUCUGAUUCUAAUCGUGUUGUUCUGCUUCGGGCCGUACCACGUCCUCCUGCUGGUGCGGAGCGUGAUGUUUCUUCGGAAGCCGUGCGACUGCGGUUCGGAGGAACGCUUAUUCCCCGCCUACCACGUCACGCUGGCGCUCACCAGCCUCAACUGUGUCGCCGACCCCAUUUUGUACUGCUUCGUCAACGAGGGCGCCAGGCACGACGUGGGCCGAGCUCUUUCCGCUCUGGUGUCGGCGGCGUGCCGCAGGGGUUCCUUCUCGCCGUCGCAGGCCGACGUGCUCAACGGCGCCUCCGUCACCUUGGAAACGCCCCUGGCGGCCAAGAAGCAGCCGUGCGGCUACGCCGACGGCGGCCAGGCCGCCGGAUACAAAACGGAAGUGGUGGCGCUCAAGGAGGAAUGUCUGCAGAUGAGCAUACUCGCCGGCAGACAGUGACUUGAGAAUUAAAAGGACAUCAAAUGAAAAAGUAGGAUUAGGGAUUCAAAUUGAAAUUCCGGGUUUCAAACGAGCCGACCAAUUUUCUGUCGUGAAGGUAAGGUAAGGCGAAAUUUGUCACCAUUCCAUUGGGCACACACCAUUUCCAAAGCGGAAGACGGCUUGAUGGAAAAGUGACAGAGGACAUGACGCUUCCUGUUGAAGAGGAAGCAAGCUUAAGUGCGUUUGACCUCAACAAAUUAAGAAGCUUCGACAACGUCUUUCGGAUGCUAAGAUUCCUUCCUCCAUCAACUGUAACUUGUCGGCCACAUCGGCCGAUGUUUUAAAUUUUAAUGCACAAAUGGACACUCUAGUUAAUGUGUAUUCUGUUUUUUUUUUUAAUUAUUAUGAAUGUUAAAGUUUGUAAGUUAUUCAUUGUUUUGUUUAUGAGCAAAAUAAAAAAUGUCACUU